CUCUGUACUUUUUUUAAUUUUCGUUUUUAUUUGUGCGAUCCCGUCUUACCAUCAUGGCUAUGAUCGAUUCCUUCUUCAACAAAGGCUUCAAAGCUGCUAAAUGCAAAACUUUAUUGAAGUUAACAAUUCCGCGGAUAAAGUUAUUAAGGAACAGGAGAGAGAUUCAGAUAAAGAAGAUGCGCCGCGAAAUUGCGAAGCUUCUUGAGACUGGCCAAGAAGCUACUGCUCGAAUUCGAGUGGAGCAUAUAAUAAGGGAAGAAAACAUGAUGGCUGCUCAGGAGAUCCUUGAGCUGUUUUGCGAGCUUAUUGCAGUCCGGCUUCCGAUCAUAGAGACUCAAAGGGAAUGUCCUCUAGAUUUGAAGGAAGCAAUAAGUAGCGUGUGUUUUGCUGCGCCAAGAUGUGCCGAUCUACCAGAGCUGCUGCAGGUUCAAAUGCUAUUUACUGCCAAGUACGGGAAGGAAUUUGUAUUAGCUGCAACUGAACUGAGGCCAGAUUGUGGUGUUAAUCAUCAGUUGAUAGAAUUGUUAUCUAUACGCGCUCCUUCUCCUGAAGUAAAAUUGAAUAUUCUAAAAGAAAUUGCUGAAGAGCAUGAGUUGGAAUGGGAUCCAGCUUCUACUGAGUCUGAGUUUUUCAAACCACGUGAAGAUUUACUGAAUGGCCCAACACAGUUUGUAUCUGAAUCAAAGUUGUCCCUUCUGUCAGAGAAACAUGGUGAAACAUUGACUUCUGCCCCUGAUCAUGCCGAAACCGAGCAGCCUGAUUCCGGUUUGGACUUUGACCUUGUAGAUUUUCCAGAAGUUCCUAACGUGUCAUUGCAGCCAAGCACUAAUGCUGCAUCAGCACCAGUAACUAACCCACCUUCAUCAGCUGCUCCAGAACUUGAAAUUGAUCAUUCAUCUAAACAUUCUAGAGCUUCUGGUCAUGUGGUACAAAUGCCCCCUUUGGAGCCCGAUAUAUAUCAGCAAGAAAAUACAAUAGCUAAAGCAAGUGAAAUGCUCGAUGAUCCAGCCACAGCCAAAGACAACAAACAGUUUCUGCCUUUCAUUUCUACUCCAUCGACAGCUGCUUCAUCAAUAUCUGCAAGACCAAGCGGUUCAACAUCAUCUAUUUCGAAACCAAAAAGUGAGGCCAACUUUGAUCUAGAGGAUAUUCUAGCGGCUGCUCAGUCAUCUGCUGAAAGCGCUGAGCGUGCAGCAGCUGCAGCUCGCUCAGCAGCAGAUCUUGCCCAAGUCAGAGUCGCUGAACUUAAGCAGAAAAGGAAUGGCCAAGGCGGUGAAGAUAGCUCUGAGAACCACCUUCAUACGAAUAUUCCUCAUCAACCAGCUAGAAAGGAAAACCCAAAUUUUGAUCAUCUAAACUCGUCUAGCUAUCCUGAUGAUGUUUUAUAUUAUCCAGACUCCAAUAUAGCACCUCAGGCUGAGGAGCAGAAAGGAUCAGAAGCAGCGGAUCUUCCUAAAGUGAGCAAAUUGAAAGUAGGUUCGGAUUCACCGGUUUCUAGAGAUGAUGCUAUUGAGCAAGAUCAACAUCAAAAGCAGCCGCAGAGAUUGCCUUCAAUGAAUGAUGAUUACUCGUAUCCAAACCUGUUUGGAUCCGGUUAUUCUUUUAAACAUAAUUCCGAUAGUCAUUAAGUCCACCGGGGGCUUUCGUUGAUUGGAUUUAUAGUAUUGCAGUUUUCAGAUAUGGUGUCCAUCUUUAUGUUCUUUUAUUUGUAAAAUAGUCAAAACAAGUAA